UGCACCCUCCAAAGAAAAAAAAAACCUCUCUAGCAAUACACACAAAACUGUGCAUGUGCAGAGUGACUCCACAUGAUAUGUCUUAUGAGGAGAUAAGAGGGGGGCACUAGAAGAAAGGGAGGAUCAGAGAAGACAGGAUCAAACAGCAUUUUUGCACAAUGCAGAGGAAUAACCCUUUAGGUUCCAAAGUGAGUAUAUCAAGCAUGCUGUACUGCCAGGGGCGGACUGACAACUCAUGGGGCCCCCGGGCAAUAGGGGAUCAUGGGGCCCCUGUGUCCUUGCCCAAACUUGAAAAAGCCUAU